UCGCUAAUCGGCCACCCAAUUACCGAUUUGAAGCCCAGGCUGCUCAGCAGGGCAUCCUGAUCUCUAGUCGUGGAACCGGAGCCGCAUACUCUGUUUCAAGCACCCUGUCCCACCCUCGCGUUUUUGUAGUCUUUUGACAGUAAUUGGUGAGGCCUGAAACUAGAUAGUUUAUCGAUGGCACAAAGGGGUAGAUGGUCCUGCUCGGGACCUAAUUCUAGGCGUGUUCCUGGCCUUCCAGGCCGGGAUGGCUUUCCUUUUUGGUUUCACCACAGUAUUCGUACGUCGUAGGAGCACCACCAAUCCUUAUUUCCCAAUGCGGGCGCCUCGACUGAUUUCGGUGGAUCCUGAGAAAAGUAUAAAUCAAUAGUGGGUGUCGGGUUUCAACCCAUCAUGAAUAAUUGGAUAUGCUUAUUCUACUGGAUGCUGCUGAUUUGGACGAAGAAACCAGCCAACUUGGCGCAAAUUGGAUUGGAGUGAAGGCCACCUGGAUCAAAGGCAACAAGGUGCCCAGCUCGCUCCAAGAAGUCCUUGGAGGCGAGAUAUUUGAGGUCAGGGACAUCGAAGACAAGGGAGAAUAUUUACUCAUCCCCGCUGGAGUGGGUGGGGUGGUGGUUCAAAGUGAGAAGGGAUUGGUAUCCAUUGCAGCGUGGAGGAGGCAGAAGAAUGCUGGUGAAAUCGAACACGAUGGGCCCUGGCAGAUCUACAGCGAGCAGGAGGCCAACACGGUUGCCUACUACUACUUGGGUGACACACAGACUGUCUUCAUGGGGUUGAUGGAAACUCCCGAUGCAUCUCCGCUCUUCACUGCCGCAUAGCCAGGGUCUUGUUGGGUAUGCGAAAAUUCCCACACGAAACCAAUUCCGUAUGGCCAGCAACUGGAAAAAUAAUCUCCAUAGCAAGCGUGGGAAUUAUAACAGUGGCAGGAAAUGAUGCUUCUGGGAUUGGAACCCGACGAAAAUGUGGGAUGCUGCCACUAAUUCCUGACGAUUUGGGCGUCGUCCUAUUUGAGCUCUUUUCGCAGCUGGGUGCAAAAUACCCACAACUCA